CCACUCACCAAAGCCCACCAACUCUCCUUUCCUUCAAAUUCAUUCAUUCAUUAAUUCUCAUCUCUCUCUCUCUCUCUCAUCUAUCAAAUAACAAUAUCCCCAACCAUCAAUGGAGUAUGACUAUCAUCCCUACACCCAUUCCUCCUCCUCCUCCUCAGUGCCCACUCUAACAAGGAGCUACUCCCUUGCCGCCCCGGCUCCGCCGCCACGGCCCCUCCCUAGAAGCCUCUCUCAGAAGAUCUCUUCUUCUUCUUCUUCUUCCAAGGCCCGGCUCGCGAAGAGCGCGUCGUUCACCAGGAAAUGUAGCAACUUGGCCAAGGAACAGAAGGCCAAGUUCUACAUCGUCAGGCGGUGCAUCGGCAUGCUCGUCCGCUGGAGCAAGCACCGCCACGACUCCUAAUACACAUGUCCCCAUGUUAGGCCUCGUUUGGGAAGCAUCGUUUUCAAUUAGCGUUUUGGAUAAUUUCAUANUGAACUUUACUGUUAGAUAGUCUUUUAAAAAUGCUAAAUCUAAACGUUAAAACUGUUGCCAAACGGGCACUUAGUUUGUCUUUU